AUAUGGCGUGUUGACAAAUCCCAUUUAAUUUAUUUGUAGUUAUGUUGAGACAUUUCCAAACUAUUACGUAUUGAUUGGGACUGAUAGUUUUACACUUAGCUUAGACUGCUUUCCGACAGGCUUUUGCGACAAUCCUUUCAGGCGCUGAAUUUGUAAUGUUAAACCGUACAAAGUCAUGUGUUUAGCAGAAAGCUACUGUAAUUCCAAAGCUAGGUAGCUAACAAACCUUGGCUUUAGGCCGAUAGAUAAACAAUUGUUGUUUACGUUUUAUUAAUACAUCGCUUAUUGUCAGCUAGCCUGUACAUCACGUAUUGCUGCCACUUUUUGAGCUAGCGCAGUUGAAAUAACCUGCAAUAAGCAAACUAGCUAAGUAACUUGUUAGCAGGCCAGUGUUAAGGGAAGUUAGCCCAUCAUCGUUUUAUCCAAAUUAAUUGAGCAUUAACGGUAUACCAGCUAGGGAGAAGGCUCGAAAAAUGUCAGCAAUAUUUUGCACUGAAAACAUGACUAACGUUAGCUAGCCAAUUGACGUUAUCUUGUUUGGAUGUGAUGUAAAUUAGCUAGCAAACUAGCUAAAAUUCAUGAGAUUAACAUUACGGAAUUGAAGGCAUGGCAUUACUGCGUAUCGCAUAUCGAGAUUACUUGCAAAACGAGCGUGUAGAUUAGGAUGAUCGACAUAUUUGAGAGAUCACUUCUUUUACUUGGAUUAAGAUUGACAGUUGAGAACAGGUUUUGCAGACGUUAUUCUGCUGUCAUGAUCCGGAGAGCUCAGAUUAAGAAAGUCCUCUGCGUGGCAGAGAAAAAUGAUGCUGCCAAAGGGAUAUCAGAGAUCAUGUCAAACGGGAGAGCACAGAGGAGAGAGGGGCUUUCAGUGUAUAAUAAAAUUUACCAAUUUGAAUAUCACCUCUUUGGACAGGAUCUGACCGUUUCUAUGACAUCUGUCUCCGGGCAUCUCCUAGGACUGGAGUUCAAAUCUCCUUUUCAGAAAUGGCACAGUUGUAGCCCAGUUCUCUUGUUUGAUGCAGAAGUGGAGAAGAUUUGCCCUGAAAACUCUGUCCAGAUUAAGAGGACGCUUGAGAGAGAGAUUCGUCAGUGUCAGGCUCUUGUCAUCUGGACCGACUGUGACCGAGAGGGAGAAAACAUCGGCUUUGAAGUCAUUGAUGUCUGUAAAGCAGUGCGACCGAACAUUCAAGUGUUCAGGGCGCGGUUUUCGGAAAUCACUCCAAACUCCAUCCGGAGAGCGUGCGAGUCCCUGACAGCCCCGGACGUGAACGUCAGCGAUGCCGUGGAUGUGCGACAGGAGCUCGACCUUCGCAUCGGAGCGUCAUUUACCAGGUUCCAGACUCUGCGUCUGCAGAAGAUAUUCCCCGCAUCCCUGGCCAACCAGCUUAUCAGCUACGGCAGCUGUCAGUUUCCAACUUUGGGAUUUGUGGUGGAGAGAUUUAAAGCCAUCCAGGCCUUUAUUCCUGAGACCUUCUUCAAAAUCAAAGUGACCCAUGAGAUGGGCGAAGAUGAGGUGGAAUUCGGCUGGAAAAGACACCGCCUGUUUCAUCACACAGCCUGUCUCGUCCUCUACCAGAUUUGUAUGGAGGAUCCCACCGCCACCGUUGUGUCUGUGACAAGUAAACCAAAAAGCAAGUGGCGACCUUUGCCUCUUGAUACUGUAGAACUUGAGAAAUUGGCCUCCCGUAAACUGAGAAUCAGUGCUAAAGAGACGAUGAAAAUAGCUGAAAAACUGUACACUCAGGGAUUCAUCAGUUAUCCCCGAACGGAAACCAAUAUGUUUCCAAACACCCUGAACCUGAGCCCCCUGGUGGAGCAGCAGACGCAGGACCCUGACUGGGGGACGUUCGCCAGGGGCAUCCUGCAGCGGGGCGGCCCCACUCCCCGAAACGGCAACAAGACCGACCAGGCCCAUCCUCCCAUUCACCCCACCAAAUAUACACACAGUCUGCAGGGUAAUGAGCAGCGCUUGUACGAGUUCAUCGUACGCCACUUCCUGGCCUGCUGCUCCCAGGAUGCAGUGGGACAGGAGACCACGGUCGACAUCGACAUUGCUCGGGAGAAGUUUGCAGCUCAUGGGCUGAUGAUCAUCGCCAGGAACUACCUGGACGUUUACCCUUAUGAUAAAUGGUCUGCCAAGGUCAUACCCACGUAUGAGCAAGGCUCCCAGUUUCAGCCCACCGCCAUAGAGAUGGUGGACAGUCAGACCAGCCCUCCUCAGCUGCUCACCGAGGCUGACCUCAUCGCCCUGAUGGAGAAGCACGGCAUCGGCACCGAUGCCACGCACGCUGAGCACAUAGAGACCAUUAAGAAGCGCAUGUAUGUGGGACUGACUGCUGAUCAGAGGUUCCUCCCUGGAGAGCUGGGCAUGGGCCUGGUGGAAGGUUACAACUCAAUGGGCUAUGAGAUGUCCAAGCCUGAUUUGAGAGCAGAACUGGAGGCUGACCUCAAGCUGAUCUGUGAGGGCAGGAAGGAGAAGACUGCCGUGCUCCGGCAUCACGUGAAGAAGUACAAGGAUGUCUUCAUAGAGUCUGUGAGGAAGGCCAAGAAGCUGGAUGAGGCCCUCUCCGCUUACCUGGGCCAGGCUCAGGAGUACACAGCCCAGGACGAGGAGCAGAUGGAGGUGCCCUUACCUGUCCGGAAAUGCCCUCAGUGCAGCAGGGAAAUGGUGCUGAAGAAGAAGAAGGAUGGUGUCGGGAAGUUCCUGACGUGCAUGGGUUACCCAGACUGCAAGUCCGCAGUGUGGUUCCCCGAUUCGGUCCAGGAGGUCAGCAGAGACGAAAGCGUCUGCCCCACCUGUCGCCCGAGCCCCGUGCACAUGCUGAAGUUCAAGUUCAAGAGGGGGAGCCUGCCUCCCACCAUGCCGCUGGAGUUCGUGGGCUGCAUCGGCGGCUGUGACGACACGCUCAGGGAGGUGCUGAACCUCAAGUACCUGAGAGGAGGAAGUGACACGGCCAGGCAGCCGCCCGGUGGCGUGCCCGGGGCUCAGACGAGGCCCCGCCCGCAGCCCAGAGCGGAGGGUACCAGACCGCCGGCCCCCGCGGCCCCCCCUGCGUGGGCGGCCCGGCCCCCAGCGCCGGCCUCCGGCGGUGGUGCGACUGUGUGUAACUGCGGGCAGGACGCCGUCCUCCUGACCGUGCGCAAGGAGGGGCCCAACCAGGGCCGGCAGUUCUACAAGUGCAGCGCGGGGAGCUGCCAGUUCUUCCUGUGGGCCGACCAGCCCAGCGAGCAGCCCGCUCCUCCCAGGACCUCUGUGAGCUUUGGGGGGAGAACGCAGUCGAACAGCGGCGGCGUGGCCGGCGGCGUUAGACCCCUGGGCGGCGGCAGGACUCCCGCCGGGGACGGAGGGCCCACCAUGUGCAACUGCAACGAGCCGGCCGUGACCCGCACCGUGGGGAAGGACGGGCCCAACAAGGGCCGCAGGUUCCACACCUGCGGCAAACUGCAGGAGCAGCAGUGCGGCUUCUUCCAGUGGGCCGAUGAGAACGAUCCUCCAGUAGAUGCCGGAGGUUUUGGAGGAGGAGCUGGGGGUGUCACUGGGAGGAGGAAGGCCGGGACCACUUCAGACAAGGCACCAGCACCCAAGCGGACGAGAACGUGUGGCCUGUGUCAUGAGCCUGGCCACACACGGACCACAUGCCCACUGGCCCAAUGAGAAUGGGCCCCGUGGACACCCAGAGGACCUGUGAUCUGACUUAACCAGUCCUCGAGACAGACUGAGCUAAAGGCAGUUAACUGCUGUAUAGCCCCGUCACAUGAAUAUUGAUCAAACGUUGUUAAUAUUUACCCAAAUGAUUUCAAGAUUUGUAUUAUAAGCUUUAAAUAAUAAAUAAAACAUAUAUUUCUUAACAUUU